UAACCUUUCUCAAAAUAAUAAUAAAAAAAUAUUUACUAAAAAGAAACAAAAGGAGAUUAAAAAAAAAAGCACAGUUGACUAGUGACUUUACACAGAGAUGACACCGACAGUAUCUACUACUAGUAGUUAGUUGAUGCGCUGUGUUUCACAUCACAGCCUGGAUCUCCAACUCACACUUCAUUUUUUUAUCCUUUCUUCUUUUUUGUUUUCACUUACCCAACACAACCCUUAGCUUCAUCAAAAUCAAAUGAACCUUCUUUCUUAAUUUUGUCUUCAACUCUCUCUAUCUCUCUCCCACAUCCAAACCUCUGAAACAACAAAUUUGUUAUAUUGUGUCUUGUGUGUGAGAGAGAGAGAGACAGAGAGACCAAAUGCUGUCUCCGGCGGCAAUGAAGGUGUUGCUGUUACUUCUUGUUCUUCUAGUAACAGCAACAUCAGCAGAUCUAGAUUCCCAGAGAGCUGCAUUGCUAGCUCUCCGUUCUUCCGUCGGCGGCCGAACACUUUUCUGGAACGCUACCAAUCAGACUCCCUGCAACUGGGCCGGCGUCCAAUGCGACCGCGACCGAGUCGUCGAACUUCACCUUCCCGCCGUCGCUCUUUCUGGUCAAAUACCCACUGGCAUAUUCUCCAAUCUCACCCAUCUCCGUACACUCAGUCUCCGUUUCAAUGCUCUCACCGGUUCACUCCCUUCAGAUCUCUCAUCCUGCGUCGACCUCAGGAACCUUUACCUUCAGCGAAACCUUCUCUCCGGCGAAAUUCCUGAGUUCCUGUUCAACUUACCUGAAUUGGUUAGACUCAACAUGGGUUUCAACAACUUCUCAGGUUCUAUUUCAAACUCAUUCAACAACUUCACAAGACUCAAAACCCUCUUCCUUGAAAACAACCAACUUUCAGGUUCCAUCCCGGUGUUGGACCGGCUCAGCCUCGAUCAGUUCAAUGUCUCUAACAAUCUCUUGAACGGCUCCGUUCCCCAAAACCUCCGGACUUUCUCUCAAGAUUCCUUUUUGGGUAAUUCCCUCUGCGGCAAACCUCUUUCUCUCUGCCCCGGCGAAACCGGAACUGAUUCUUCUUCACCUUUUACUGCCUCGCCUGGUAACAAAAGCAACAAGAAAAAUAAAUUGUCCGGUGGAGCCAUUGCUGGAAUCGUAAUUGGAUCUAUAGCGGCUCUUCUUUUGCUCGUUUUCCUUUUGAUCUUCCUGUGCAGGAACAAGAGCAGCAAGAAGACCAGUGCUGUUGAUGUUGCAGCUGUGAAACAACACCCAGAAUCUGAAGUUGUUUCUCAUGACAAGUCUAUUUCUGACUUGGAAAAUGGCAAUGGAUACCCUACCGCUGCUGCUGCUGCUGCGGCGGCAGUUGCAGUCAACAAGGUUGAAGCAAAUGGCAAUGGAAAUGCUGCAGCUGGUGGUGGAGCUAAGAAGUUGGUGUUUUUUGGGAAAGCAGAGAGGGCUUUUGAUCUGGAGGAUUUGUUGAGGGCAUCGGCGGAGGUGUUGGGUAAAGGGACGUUUGGGACGGCGUAUAAGGCAGUAUUGGAGUCAGGGCCGGUGGUGGCGGUGAAAAGGUUGAAGGAUGUCACAAUAACUGAGAAGGAGUUCAGGGAGAAGAUUGAAGCGGUAGGAGCAGUAGAUCAUCAGAGUUUGGUACCUCUAAGGGCUUACUAUUUUACCAGGGAUGAGAAGCUCCUUGUUUAUGAUUACAUGUCAAUGGGAAGCCUCUCUGCACUUUUGCAUGGAAACAAAGGAGCAGGUAGGACACCGCUGAAUUGGGAAAUGAGAUCAGGCAUUGCACUUGGAGCAGCCCGUGGCAUUGAGUACCUUCAUUCACAAGGGCCUAAUGUUUCCCAUGGAAACAUAAAGUCGUCUAAUAUUCUCCUAACCAAGUCAUAUGAUGCAAGAGUGUCUGAUUUUGGGCUUUCACAGCUUGUUGGCCCCUCCUCUACCCCAAACCGUGUUGCCGGGUACCGUGCACCAGAAGUAACUGAUCCUCGCAAAGUGUCUCAAAAGGCAGAUGUGUACAGUUUUGGCGUAUUGCUCUUAGAACUUCUGACCGGGAAGGCACCUACACAUGCUCUUCUAAAUGAAGAAGGUGUAGAUCUCCCCAGAUGGGUUCAGUCAGUCGUUAGAGAAGAGUGGACUUCUGAAGUGUUUGAUCUUGAGCUCCUUAGGUAUCAGAAUGUUGAAGAGGAAAUGGUUCAGUUGUUGCAACUUGCUGUUGAUUGUGCGGCACAAUACCCUGACAAGCGCCCUUCAAUGUCCGAUGUGGUACGGAGCAUAGAAGAGUUACGUCGAUCUAGCUUGAAAGAGGAGCAAGACCAAAUCCAACAUGACAACAAUGAUAUAGAAUUGUAGAUAGAUGGUGGUGCAUCACUAUCUUCUCAUUGAGUUUGCCUCCACCUUACUUGGUGGACUUUGCUUUAUCAGAGUCACAUUCCAUUUUUUUCACUUGUUAAAAAUUAAAAUCGUGCUUAUUUUUGUAUUUUUGUAUCUUGAGCCUCAAAUUUGUUUGGUCUUUGAAUUUCCUCCUCCUUUUUUUUCUUCACAAAUAGUAGUAUCCAUUAUGCCAUCUCCCAUAUUUUUUCCCCUUCCAAUUAAUACUUUGGGGGAAGUGGGUGGAUACCUGUUCCAUUCCAUUAUUAGUUAUUGUUGUUGGAUUGUGGUUUGAUGUAAUUAUUACUUUUGCUUUAACAUGGCUUUUGCUUUUAGUUGAAAACCUGUAAAUGAGAUGUAUUAGUCGGUGUCAUUGGUUGGUUGCCAUGUCUGUCUCGUGGGCAGCUAUUUCUUUAAUUGUUACCAAAAAGUUUGGUUCAUCAAUGCCUUGACAAAAGUUGGAUGUAUGCAUGAAUGAUUUAUACCCUAGAACCAACCUUGAUUAUUAUUGAUCGUGCGACUUGGUUUCAGAUUUA